AUGUUCCCUAAACUUCUUCGACGCUUAUGGAAUCUUCUGAAAGUGGUUUGGAGGAAAGGUAAAGUUCCAGAUUGUUGGCAACAGGCAGAAGGAAUAUUUACACCAAAGGAAAAGGAUUCGAAGACCGUCACCCAAUUCAGAACCAUUUCCUUACUGAACGUUGAGGGGAAAAUCUUCUUUGCUGUGCUGGCCAAGAGAAUGACGCAGUAUCUGACAUCAAACCAAUACAUUGAUACCUCAGUGCAAAAGGGAGGCGUCCAAGGGUUCUCUGGAUGUGUGGAACAUACAAGCGCCCUCAGUCAGAUCAUCAGGGAAGCAAAGGUUAACCAAAAAGACCUCACUGUUGUCUGGCUUGACCUUGCCAAUGCGUAUGGCUCCAUACCACACAAGCUAAUUGAGACCGCACUAAAGCACUACCACAUCCCAGACCAUGUGCAACAGAUUAUCAAUGGGUACUUCAGUAACAUACAACUACGGUUUGCUGUAGGAGAACAGUCAACACCUUGGAUAAGGCUCGAGAAAGGAAUAGUAACAGGCUGCACUAUUUCAGUCGUGUUAUUCGUGAUGGGAAUGAACUUAAUUAUCAAUGCCGCAAAGAGGGAAACCAGAGGACCAAUGACAACCUCCGGGAUAUACCUCCCAUCCAAUAGAGGUUUUAUGGAUGACCUCACGGUAACUACAACGACACACGUGCAAGCUCGUUGGGUUCUUAGAGCAUUGGAUGAGACAGUGACUUGGGCAAGAAUGAAGUUCAAACCAAAGAAAUUUGAGGAGCUUGGUAAUCAAGAAGGGAAAGGUUACUCAAAGGUUCACCCUCCAGGAAAAUGGUACGAUGCCAGCCUUAAUGACAUAAGCAGCACGAACCGCACCAAGAACCAACUCCAAGAAGGUCUGAAGCAGAUAGACCAGACAUCACUUCCUGGGAAAUUCAAGGCAUGGUUAUACCAACAUGGAUUGUUACCAAGACUCAUGUGGCCUCUAAUGCUGUAUGAGAUAGCAGUUUCUACUGUGGAAGGCUUUGAAAGAACCAUCAACAGAUACCUCCGUAGAUGGCUAGGGGUCCCACCAAGUUUCACCAGCAUCGGACUAUAUGGGAGGACCAACCAGCUCCAACUCCCAAUAUCAUCAGUUGUUGAGGAGUACAAAGUUGCCAAGGCCAGGAUGGUGGUGACACUGAAAGAAUCUUCUGAUGACCUGAUCAGGAUGGCAGGCAUAGAGACUAGAACCGGAAGGAAGUGGUCGGCAAGCCAGGCGGUGUCCCAAGCUGAAAGUAUACUGAGACACAAAGACAUCGUCGGAACUACUACGGAGGGCAGACAAGGGCUUGGUAUGAUAAAGCCACAGCGAUGGAGUACGGCAGAUAAAAGGGAGAGGAGUCAGAUGGUGCAGAAGGAAAUCAGGGCGAGCGAAGAGGAGAGCAGAAGAGCCCGUUCAGUUGAAAUGGGUGGACAAUGUGCCUGGAACAAAUGGCGAACAAUUGAAAAUUGUUUUGAAUGA